CAUCAUUCCACCUCUCGGCUAUUGCAAGGUUCAUUGUCCGACGAGGUUCAUCAUUCUCGUGCUCUGAACCCUUGAAAAGAUCCCUUGACCAGCUCGAGAGCUCGAAAGAUCUGAUCCAUCUCUAAUCCUUCGUCUGAAAUCGCCAACUCUUUGAUGAGCUUUGCCAACUGCAAGUAAGAUGGCCGCCCUUCGACAGUCGGUACAGCGGAGUUAUUUCCGAUUCUCAACCUUCAACGUUCCACGAGCUACGUUCUCGACGUCUGCGCGCCUGGCGGCAGUGAAGGAAGACAAGUUGCAUACCGAGGGCCGUGGCGAGGAGAUUGAAACCCACAAGCAAGAUCAGCUGAAGAAGAAAAAAGAGGGGAAGCAACAUUGGCAAGAUGAGCUCGCCAGCAACAGCGAAUCAAUUAUCAAGGCUGAGCGUGGAGAGAUAGAUGCUUCCUCAGAGACGAUUCAGAAGCUUCAAGAAGAAUCUGCAAAAGCUGCGAAGCAAAAGGUAUAAUCGCGAAACGUUAAAGAUUCUAGAUUGGGAAUUUGUGUAUCAAAUGGCUUAAAUGUCUGAUCAAAUUCGGUGGGCAAUCUGAGGUUCUAGUCUUGACCAUAAGCAAACGUUCAGAAUGGACAUGGGAAAAAGCUAGCAUGCGACCAUCAUAAUGUAUGAACAAGGCAGAUUGAUAUGUUAUGACUUUGGCGCUGCACUGUACUUAGUACGCUCGAUCGAGCCCUGCGCCUUAUAGUCUAUAUAAAAAAAACCCCAUUGCCUAUGAUAUACACCGACGGAAGCGAAGACGAGAGCCAAAGUACCUAAUAAACUCCUACCACCGCCAUCAGCUUUCAUUUGGUGAUUAUGAUUAGAAGAACUAAGAUGAUUAUAAGAAGUAUAAUGACGGUCAAGCUCC